AUGAUUCAAAUUGGUCACCAAGGAGAUGUCAGGGUUGUAGUGAUGAAGAUGCCUAAGAAGAACAUCCUGAAGAUUAAAUAUUUCACCCAUGAGGAAUAUGGCGAAAAAAAUUGUGUUCCAGAGUACGAUGACUCCUAUCGUAGUAGCGAUGAUCCCGGGACUUCAAAGAGACAUUACUGUAGCGACGAUU